AUGGUUCAGUCGUUUCCAAAGCCGAUCGCAACGCUUUCACACGCCGUACAAGAGAAGGCUUGGAUCAGAUUAGUGAUCGCCGGCAGUAUGAUUGCCGUCUGGAUUACUGCUCACAUUCUCACAAACGUCUUUUCCAAUGAUUCUGGUGUUUUCGAUUCUGUGGAUUCUGUGAUAUUUCAAGUAUUUUAUCAAAACGAUUCCUUCAAUCCAUAUAAUAUGAACCGAUCGAUGCAAAUGUCUCGAUCACAACAGCCCUCACAAUCACUCGAGACAUUCAACUACAGCGACGAUUACUACCCAUUGCCGCAAUACUUGUGCUAUUUUAGCCAAUUAAGUGUCACAGCCCUCACAAGAAUCAGUUAUUUGGUUAAAAUGUUCAUUAUACUCACUCUAGUCAUAGGCCAAUGUUGUCUAAAUGUCUUCAAAUUAGACCAAUUCUUUAAAUUCUAUGAUUUGACGGCAUAUGACGACAGGAGACACUUCUUAGGCCACGAAAGCUAUCUUUCAAUUAUCAUCGCAACCAUUGCCAUCGCGUUAUUUAUUAUCAAUAGACAGUCUGAACUCAUGUCUCGGCGACUAUUUCUCUGGCAAAAGGAAGUCGAGGAGCAGAAGGAGAAGGUGUCGGAUAUGCGGCGCAAGAACGAGGCCCUCGUCUACAACAUACUCCCCCCUCACGUGGCCAUCCAUUUCCUCGGCAAACGCAAAAACGAUGAGGAACUGUAUUCAAAGAGUUACGAGUCGGUGGGCAUACUGUUCGCCGCGAUGCCUAACUUCUCCGACUUCUACACCGAGGAGUCGGUCAAUAACCAGGGCUUAGAGUGCAUCCGAUUAUUCUAUGAUUUGACGGCAUAUGACGACAGGAGACACUUCUUAGGCCACGAAAGCUAUCUUUCAAUUAUCAUCGCAACCAUUGCCAUCGCGUUAUUUAUUAUCAAUAGACAGUCUGAACUCAUGUCUCGGCGACUAUUUCUCUGGCAAAAAGAAGUCGAGGAGCAGAAGGAGAAGGUGUCGGACAUGCGGCGCAAGAACGAGGCCCUCGUCUACAACAUACUCCCCCCUCACGUGGCCAUCCAUUUCCUCGGCAAACGCAAAAACGAUGAGGAACUGUAUUCAAAGAGUUACGAGUCGGUGGGCAUACUGUUCGCCGCGAUGCCUAACUUCUCCGACUUCUACACCGAGGAGUCGGUCAAUAACCAGGGCUUAGAGUGCAUCCGAUUUGAACUGUAUUCAAAGAGUUACGAGUCGGUGGGCAUACUGUUCGCCGCGAUGCCUAACUUCUCCGACUUCUACACCGAGGAGUCGGUCAAUAACCAGGGCUUAGAGUGCAUCCGAUUCCUAAACGAAGUCAUAUCCGAUUACGACGCCCUUCUAGAGCAGCCCCGGUUCGCCAAUAUCAUCAAAAUCAAGACCAUCUCAUCGACGUAUAUGGCGGCCAGUGGUCUGAACUGCGAGGAGUCGCUGCGGGCGGACGCCUCCAUCAAAGAGCGAUGGUUUCAUUUGGCACAACUCACGGAGUUUGCACUCACUCUCAAAGACACACUCAAUGUCAUCAAUAAAGAGAGUUUCAAUAAUUUUGUCUUAAGAAUGGGCAUAAAUCACGGGCCGAUCACAGCAGGAGUUAUAGGCGCCCGAAAACCGCACUAUGAUAUGUGGGGAAAUUCAGUCAACGUUGCGUCCAGUCAUUUGUCGGGCGAAGUCCGACAUUAG